UCCUUGCGGUUGGUUAGUAGUAACUGAUGACGCCAAAAGCAUGCGCGCGUAACCUUGUGCAACAAGAGUGUUGUCGAAUCAUCUGUGGAAACCGUGCUAAAAUAUUUUUGAAUGUGUAUUUUGUCCUCAGCAUUAUUCGGGAGUCAUGAGCAAAUAUAUUUUACCUGUUUCAGUUUUUGGAACAUUGUUUGGAUGCGCUGUUUUACUGAAGAACCAUGUGACCGGAGGCCGGUGUACUAGUAAGGCCACCAUUAAUGGGAAGACUGUGGUUAUUACAGGAGCCAACGCGGGCAUCGGGAAAGAGACUGCCCGGGAACUGGCCCGGAGAGGGGGUCGGAUCAUUAUGGGAUGUCGGGACAUGGGGAAGUGCGAGGAAGCUGCGAAGGAAAUACGAGGGAAGACCCUCAAUCCUCACGUUUACGCGUGUCGCCUCGACCUGGCCUCCAUGAAAUCCAUCCGAGAGUUUGCGGAGAGAAUCAAACAAGAGGAGCAGCGUGUGGAUGUACUGAUAAACAAUGCAGGGGUCAUGAGAUGUCCAGCAUGGAAGACAGAAGACGGCUUUGACAUGCAGUUUGGAGUUAACCACUUAGGCCACUUCUUGUUGACAAAUCUUCUGCUGGAUAAGUUGAAAGAGUCCGCCCCCAGCAGAGUGAUCAACCUGGCCUCACUCGCCCACAUCGUUGGAAAGAUUGACUUUGAGGACUUGAACUGGGAGAAGAAGAAGUUUGAUACCAAGCAGGCGUACUGUCAGAGCAAGCUUGCCAAUGUUCUGUUCACCAGAGAGCUCGCCAAGCGAUUACAAGGCACAGGAGUCACGGUGAAUGCUGUGCACCCAGGCGUUGUUGCCACGGAGCUCGGGAGGCACACGGGUCUGCACCAAUCACAGUUCUCAAGCUCUGUGCUCAGUCCCUUCUUCUCCCUGUUGGUGAAGAGCCCAGAGCUGGGGGCCCAGCCUAGCGUCUACCUGGCCGUGUCCGAGGAGAUGGAGGGGGUGACGGGAAGGUACUAUGAUGUGAUGACAGAAAAGGAACCAGCACCCCAGGCCCUGGAUGAGGAGGCAGCUCGCAGUCUGUGGGAGGUCAGCAGCAGGCUGGUGGGUCUGGAGGAGGGGGGACAGUCCGCCAAGUCAAACCCACCAGCAGAAGGCCAGAGCAUAGCUGCACAGACAGACCCAGCUCAGACACAAGGACAGAGCCCAGGACCAUCUGUCAGUACUGCGGGGCUGUAGGUCUGCUCUGGCCUCUGGGCCAGCAGAGGAUAAUGGACCUUUAUGGCUUGAGCUGUGCCAGGCUCAUUGGAACAAUUAACCGCCUGAGUCUGUGAUUCUGGUUGUCCUUUAUGUUCCUGCAUCAGGACAUUUUCUUUAAAACACGUAAAACAAGCAGCCUUUGAAAAUUGACUUUUGACUUUUUUUUUUUUUAUAAAGGUAGACUAUGUAACUUUCUGGAAAAAUAUCACUUGCGUUUCCUUACAAAUGAAAAGUUGAAUUCAUAAACAAACACAGUCUUGCUCGCUUCAAUACACUCAGGGGUUUUGCUGAUACAGCCUUACUUGGUCUGGUAUGACCAGUAGCUUGUGGUGGCUAAUGUUGGCUAACUUUAAAUAGAUAUUGCUGUGUAACUGACAUCAGUGAGUCAGUUUGUUUGUUUUGUUGACUUUAUGAUUCUUCUCUACUUGUGUGUACCUGUUAUACAAGGUUUUAGCAUUUAUCAGUAAUAAAGUUACAUAGUCUCACUUUAAGUUAUUUGUAUUAUUUCAGACACAUUGGAAAAAUGAUAUGAACCGCUAAAAUA